AUGGAAAAGACCUGCACAAAGCUCACCGGGGCUGCUCGCUUGGUGCGGGUGCUCAAGGUCGAGGGCUACAGCGCGGCCACGGCCAUGUGCACCGCCACCAACAUGAGGGAACCCGUCUUCGACGGUUGCAUCAAAUCCAGAUGGAACGUCGGCGGGUACGACUGGGAAACCAGUCUGUACCCCGCGACGCUGGUGUUCGGCACCGGCUACGACGAGCCGCAGUUCACCAAGGACGCCAAGCCCACGACGUGGAAGGAAAAAAUGGCCUGGGAAAACACGAAGUGGGUUGCCGUCAAGCUUGUCUACCUCGGUGAGCCCAUAACGCGCAACCUGAUGGUGAGCCUGGGCUGCCGUCUGGUGGAUCCAAUGGGGAUACGUGAUCCGCUGGAGGAGAAGCACGUGUCGCGCAUAUUCAAGGGCCAUGGGGUGUGCUCGCCUUCGGUGGUGAUCAAGCUAAUCGAGAGGCGAGAUCUGGAAGCGUCGUGGUAUCUCAGGGGUGAUUGCCUGACCCUGCAGUGCACCAUCACGGUGCUCGAGGAAUUGCCGGUUGCAACCUUCCCGCCCAUGGAUGUGCACGUGACGGUGCCACCUUCGAACCUGCGCCAGAACCUCCUCGAACUCCUGCGUAGAGGGACUGGCGCCGACGUCUUGUUUCUUGUCUCCGGUGAGUCUUUUGCCGCGCACAGGAACAUACUCGCUUCGAGGUCUACGGUUUUCAUGGCCGAGUUCUUUGGAGGGAUGAAGAAGUGCUCGCAGGUUGUGGAGGUCAAGGAUAUGGAGGCGGCAGUGUUCAAGGCCAUGCUUCACUUCAUCUACACCGAUGAAGCGCCUGAACUCGGCCAGGAGAAAGGGGCCGUGACCGCGAUGGCUCAGCAUCUGCUUGCGGCUGCGGACAGGUACGCACUGGACAGGCUCAAGCUGAUUUGCCAGGUCAAGCUCUCUCGUGGCAUCUCCGUGCACACGGCAGCGACGACUCUCGCAUCAGCCGAGCAGCACAACUGUUCGCAGCUCAAGGCCAAAUGUGUCGAGUUCGAAAACACGACCUUAUCCCCUUCCCCCGAGUGGCGGUGGCGGCGGAUCUACCAUCCUUCUUUGGCGGACGGGCGGCUGCUGGUGGUCUCUGGUCGGUCAGUGCCAGUACCUGUGUUGGGGCGAGGCAGGGUGGUUCGGGGGGAAGGCUGGUAG